AUGAAUAAAUUUGAUUGGGAAGCAGCAACAAGAAUAAAUACGUUGAUGUUGAAAUUCGUGGGAUUGUGGCCAGAAGGUGAUGGAACAUAUAACUUCAACAUAUACACAAUAUACGCUGUUAUUUCCAUCAACUUGUUUGUCAACGGACACACAUUUUUCCAAGUGGUGAACAUAUUCUUUGUUUACUCGAAUCUUGAGGCCCUAACAGCUACCAUAUUUAUAACAAUAUCCGAAGUUUUAGUAGUCGUUAAAGUCUACAACUAUCUGCAAAACUUAAAGUUAUUGAAAAAACUCAAAAGUGACCUUGACAAGGACAUUUUUCAACCCACAAAUGAAGCCCAAAUAGUGCUGAUUGAACCAAAUCUGAAAAUGUGGAAAAUGACUUAUUUCGUAUUUUGUAUUCCUAGUACUGUAGCAGUGGCUCUAUUUGCGGUUUUUCCCAUCCUAGACCAAACCAUAAAAGAGUACAGGUUACCAUUUUCGGCGUGGUAUCCAUACAAUACCAAAAUUUCGCCGCUAUAUGAAAUCACCUACUUGUACCAAGUUAUAGUGAUAUUGUUCACGGCCAUUGUUAAUUUGAACACUGACACUUUGAUCAGUGCUUUGAUGAUGUACGUGGCAGCUCAGUGUGAUAUUCUUUGCGACGAAUUGAGAAAUCUAACUGGAAGUGAAAAUAUUCACGAAAAAAUUAUUAUAUGUGUCAGACGUCAUCAAGCGGUGCUUGGGUAA